AUGAUCAUGGGUGACACAUAUCAAGUGGUCCUCGCUCUGCUCCCGGUCGAGAUUUUAUCUGCCGUCUUCCGCCAGCUGGACCCCUCUGCUUUAAUUGCAGUGAGCCAGACAUGUCAACGGUUUCGAGAAAUCAUCAAGCCCUCGCGUAAGCAUUUUGCAGAGCGACUACUAGCCCUUGAACUGGAACAGCAGCAUGGUGGUGUUGUGUUCUCAUUUCGGGCGCGCGACAAUUUCCUUGACCCAGACUGGAAUGAUGAUUCCUGGAACGACAUGCGUUGGACUUGUACUCAUUGUUUGAGACUGUUAAGCCACGCAUCAUUCGACAAUCACUCGAUACUGCGCCUACGGAAUCGGAAACCUAUGCCUGGCACAGAAGCUGCGGCAAAGUUCUCUGGUAUCACGAGCUGGGAGCCUGUGGAACGCAGAGCUUUAACUCACAGACAACAACGUCAGAGAGAAAUCAUCAUCGCGACGUUGAAGAAGUGGGAUUCGAGAAGGCGGCGAGAAUAUCACGAUUCUAUAACGUCAAAUCAUGAUGACGGAGUAGCCAUCGCGCAUGAACAAGUCGAAGCUGGAUCUCAUCGCCAUCUACGUAAGUGCAACGAAUGUCGUUUUCAGCACGGCUAUCUUAAACGGACUGCAUUCAUCAAGCAGCGCUGGCCGCGAGGCAAUGAUCCUGACUCCUUGUGCUGGGCGUACAGCUGGAACAAAGGCACGGCGGAAGUGCCGAUUGUAAAGAGCCGACGUCUUAACUUCACGACACCACUAGAUCGUUAUUUUCCGGGAGUUGCAAAUUAUCUGGAAACAGCACGUCCGGCAUUCAAUCUCCCACUCCAGCGCAUAUAUCGAGAGAAUGCUGCGUAUCAGCCAAAUACCAUGCAUAUGGUUCGUUGUCCUGGUUGCACGCAAUGGCAAGAGUUGCGUGCUUUUCGCUGGAAGCCUCAGGGUUGGGGCUACGGCGAAUAUAUCGGUAUCGGUAUAUACACGAGCGAGGAAGGCGUGGAAGAACAUUUCGAACAUGUCAAACAGAUGAGAUGCAAUCGCUGCAUUUUGAGAGAGCAUGGCGAAGCAAGACUCGCAGAAGAGCUGCAGACACAAUUCAAUUCACUAAUAGUGAUACAGCAACAGGCCGUCCAGGAGAUCUUCUCGGGUGGCUGGGUCCAGCUCAAGAUUGCCAUAGAAGCGACUGGAAACCUCAUACGUCAUGAAGAUCGCGGACCGUUAAAACAGCUUGUCAAGAGUCUGGAGGCCCUUGAUUCUAAGUGGGCGAGACUUCAACCGGACGCGCAUUGGACGCCCAUUGAUGUGGAUGCUGACGUUAUUGAGGAUCAUAUAGCAGCCAUGAAUAUAAGGAGGCUAGAAUGUAUACGCCUCAUCAAUGAUAUGCCAAAGGUUGUUGAUUUCUGUAAGGACGGCUACGGUCAUUUUGAGCUGUGGUGUGAGCAUUGGGAUCAAGCAGUAGAGUAUUGGAAGUGGACAAAGGCUUGGAAAGAGCAGGUUCAGAGGGAGCCAGAAGUCUUGGUCAAAUGGGAACUUGAGAGAGAUCCGAGGCGACUAUCUUAG